GCCGGAAGUGCCGCCAUUUUGGGGUGUUCUGCUCUGGCGGCGGCGGCAGCGGCAGAGGCGGCGGCGGCGGGACGCAGAGGCUCCCCCGGGAUUCAGCCUCAGCAGCGAGGCAGCGGCGGCUGCGGAGGCGCAGGCAGCAGCUGAGGCAGCGGCAGGCUCAGGUGCAGCCGCUGGAAGCUAAAGCUGUGUGUAUUUGUGGAUCAGACAAGUGCAGCAAGUUAUUAUCAUUGGCUUCUGAAGGGGAGAGUGAGGUGAUGGCUGCGUUUAAGUUGGAUUUCCUUCCAGAAAUGAUGGUGGAUCAUUGCUCUUUGAAUUCCAGUCCUGUCUCAAAGAAAAUGAACGGCACCCUGGACCACCCAGACCAACCAGAUCUUGAUGCUAUCAAGAUGUUUGUGGGCCAGGUUCCAAGGACCUGGUCUGAGAAAGACUUGAGGGAGCUUUUUGAACAGUAUGGUGCUGUCUAUGAAAUCAACAUCCUAAGGGAUAGGAGCCAAAACCCUCCUCAGAGCAAAGGGUGCUGUUUUGUUACAUUUUACACCCGUAAAGCUGCAUUAGAAGCUCAGAAUGCUCUCCAUAACAUGAAAGUCCUCCCUGGGAUGCAUCACCCUAUACAGAUGAAGCCUGCUGACAGUGAAAAGAACAACGCUGUGGAAGACAGGAAGCUGUUUAUUGGUAUGAUUUCCAAGAAGUGUACUGAAAAUGACAUCCGAGUCAUGUUUUCUUCGUUUGGACAGAUUGAAGAAUGCCGGAUAUUGCGGGGACCUGAUGGCUUGAGCAGAGGUUGUGCUUUUGUGACUUUUACUACAAGAACCAUGGCACAGACAGCUAUCAAAGCAAUGCACCAAGCACAAACCAUGGAGGGUUGCUCGUCCCCCAUGGUGGUAAAGUUUGCUGACACCCAGAAGGAUAAAGAACAGAAGAGAAUGGCCCAGCAGCUCCAGCAGCAGAUGCAGCAGAUCAGCGCAGCGUCUGUGUGGGGGAACCUGGCUGGUCUGAACACACUUGGACCCCAGUACUUAGCACUUUAUUUGCAGCUCCUACAGCAGACUGCCUCCUCUGGGAACCUCAACACCCUGAGCAGCCUCCACCCAAUGGGAGGGUUAAAUGCAAUGCAGCUACAGAAUUUGGCUGCACUAGCUGCAGCAGCUAGUGCAGCUCAGAACACACCAAGUGGUACCAAUGCUCUCACUACAUCCAGCAGUCCCCUCAGCGUACUCACCAGUUCAGCAGGGUCUUCACCGAGCUCCAGCAGCAGUAAUUCUGUCAACCCCAUAGCCUCACUUGGAGCCCUGCAAACAUUAGCAGGGGCAACAGCUGGUCUCAAUGUUGGCUCAUUGGCAGGAAUGGCUGCUUUGAAUGGUGGUCUGGGCAGCAGUGGCCUGUCCAAUGGCACUGGGAGCACCAUGGAAGCCCUUACCCAGGCGUAUUCUGGGAUCCAGCAAUAUGCUGCUGCAGCCCUCCCCACUCUGUACAACCAGAACUUACUGACACAGCAGAGUAUUGGUGCUGCUGGAAGCCAGAAGGAAGGUCCAGAAGGAGCCAACCUAUUCAUCUAUCACCUGCCCCAGGAGUUUGGAGACCAGGACUUACUGCAGAUGUUUAUGCCCUUUGGGAAUGUCGUGUCCGCCAAGGUUUUCAUAGACAAGCAGACAAACCUGAGCAAGUGUUUUGGUUUUGUAAGUUAUGACAAUCCUGUCUCAGCUCAAGCUGCCAUCCAGUCCAUGAACGGCUUUCAAAUUGGAAUGAAGAGGCUUAAAGUGCAGCUCAAACGCUCGAAGAAUGACAGUAAGCCCUACUGAGUGCUCCCCUCUGAGACUGGAGUGAGAAGAUCUUCUGGCACAGCUUGCCCUGAAGACUCAGCUACUGCCUUCUGUGGGAGUGUCGCUUCGUACAGAGGACAAGUUUGUGCUUUGGUUUCCAGUGUUUUACUUUGGAGUUUAGGUGCCAUAUCCUGAGGGUUUUUGUUUUGUUUGUUUUGUUUUGUUUUUCCCUUUAUUUAAAGUUUGCUGUGUUUGUAACCAGUUUGUUAAGAAGGACCAACACCAGUCCACCUUGAGGAAGAGGGAAAUGUGUUUAAAAGAUCAUUAGAACGUGCCCAAAACCAUGGAAAGAGAGGGUUGAGCAGGACAGAAAGUUGAUCCCCGAAGUCUCUCUCCCUGAGUACAGGGCCGGGUAGAGUGAGAACUAAGUCUAAUGAGGGACGUACGGGGCAGAGUGGGUGAGACGGCUUGGCAUCCAGACCUUUCAGAACUGGCUGCUUUCUGUGGAAAUGCUGAAUUUAUGCCACCUAUUUUUCUAAUUUUUGUCCUAGAUUUCUGCCCUUCUUUCCUAAAAAGGGGGUAAGCAAGUCUUGGGAAAUAAUGCACUUUUCAUCUAGUCUGAAAUAUGCAAAUAGUAGGGAGACCCCUUUGACUAGCCAGCCCGGCCACCAUUGAUUGCCCUGCCUGGUUGGGGGCUGUUUGCGGGAAGCAGCCAAAGAGGUCAUUUUAGUUCAUUUCAACAUGAAGUUAGACUAUGCCCAUUUCCAGCAGUUUCUUUUGAAGAAAGUCUAUGGAAGUUCACCACACCAAGGAAUAUUGCCUCCUUCUCCAGCCACAGUUUUCUCAUGACCUAAGAAGCUCUUACAGCAUCUCUAGCCAACAAGGGUGCAGUUCAUGGGCAGAGCCAUCAAGAAGCCAUCUGAUUGAGGGAGGAGAGACCUGCUUCUUGGUGUGCCUGAAUCAAGGUCUCUUCAAGCCACUUUCCUAUAUUUGAGCAGAGCCUAGUAUUCAAGAAGGUUCAGAAGUGCAUUUCUGCCUCCUUAAUAAAGGUACCCCAAAAGUUGUAUUCCCAUAAAGGUCUGGCAGGUCUCUCCUCUAGCCACUCUAGCCCCAUUUCUGUCCUUGAAGACAGAAGAGAGUACAGGAAGUUUACAGGCUCCAUAUGGAUUUAGUGUUCAUUUACCUCAGUAUUAACCCAUGUUCAUUUUGUCAUCAUGCUUCAAAUAAGCUCCCUGCCGCUUUUCACGGGUCUUUGCCAGUGUCCUCCACAGCCUCUGGGCUCUCCUUCUGCUCCAAGGAAAGCUGUUGGGGAUCCGCAUCUGAGCAGAGAUAGCCCAUAAGCAUUUAAUUGAUAGCUACAGCCAGGGCCUGGGUUCCUGGGUCAUUGGAAGCUUGAACCUCACAAGUUAAAAGUCUUGACUCCUAGCAGCAGAGAUUAGAAGGGGCUAGCCUGCUUUAAGUCAGAUGGGGACACUCUGCUUGUCAUGCUGUCCCUGUGGAUAACAAACAGGGAUUGGCCAUCUUGCUGUUGUGCAGGAAGUUGUGUGUUAUCCCAUUGAUGCUGGGACAGCUGUUCCCUUAUAGUGAUAAGUUGGGUCUCUUGUCCUCUUAAACAUGAAACAUACACUUCUUAAGCUGAACCAAGUAAACUUGAAUUCUGCGCACUGGGAGAAAAGUGUCCUGUGUUUCAAGAUAAAACUGUUCUAAAGGCUUCCAGGGUAAUGAUGAGAUUUUUUAAAAUAAUGCAAAAAAAUAAAAAAUAAAAAAUAAAAAACUAAAAAAGAAAAAAAAUGCUAGGUUGGGCAGGCACUGUGCUGAAUCCCAACCGGCUGGAACCAAGAAUGUUGUUUCUAUUUUUAUAGAAGUUUUAUACAGCUCCGGGGUGGAGGAUAUUUAUUACCUAAAUUAUAUCUCUGGAAAAGGCCAGGAUUUUGUAGAAUCCAGAAUGUGAUUGUUGUACACACAGGGUGCUGUGUAUGAUUGAAACUACUGACUUUCUGUGACCGUUUGCAGCCCAGGUAACCUGUCCAAGGGGAAGGCUCACAUUAAGCUGUGAAUUGGCAGAGGCGAGAGCUGUGCUCCACAGGGUGCUGCCAGUGCUGUGCUCCCUAACCUUCUGUUCUGUCCUCCUCCUUGGCCAGAACACCACAUUCUUCCCCCUUCUUCUGGUUCCCUCUCUCUCUCCCAUUUCAUCAUUUGUCCACAGAUUUGUCCUGUGCUCCAGGACCAUACAAAACCUUCCUAAUGAUAUUAAAAGCAAAGGAGUAACUCCACCUUUGGAACAGACCCCAAACUUCAGACUUACUUGUGAUUUCUAAAAGGAGCCCUUGCCCCAGCAGAGCAGGUCUGCGUAGCCAGCCAGCUGGGGAGACCAUGUACUUCUGUUAUCCCGUUCACCCAGUGCACAGCACAGCAGUAGCACCGUCCUCGAGCACAGUUCUCUCCCCAGGCCAAAGAUGGUUUUGUUGAAGAAGCUGCUCCCCUGUAAGUCUUGAUGUAAAGGGCUUGGCUUAGAGUGGAGACUGACGUCUUAAGCAGUCUGUUUCUGUUGUGUGAAGGUUUUACUCACAGUGUGUUUUCUGCUGUAGUUUCGUUUUGUGGGUUAUAUCAUGCCAUUGAUUAGCCUUCAGUGCAGCCCACCCACGGUCUCCUGGGUUCCACAGGAGUGGCCAGGGCUUAUAUGGAAGCUUGGGGCUUGGAUUUCUGGGAACAAGGGCCAUCGUAGGAUUGAGCAAGAAAUGUUGGCCCUCUACCCUAAGUAGUCUCCCUCCCACUCUAGUUAGCAUCUUUUGUUCCUGAGACCCUGCUUGCCCAGAGACUGUCUUUGAUGUGUUAGGUGCUUUGCAGGAAAUCCAAGCCUUAGGUUCCCUUCUGUCUCUGGCAGUUGGAUGUUUUCUUGGUGUCCUUCAUGUCCUUUUGAACUUUUCCCUGUGUCCAUUGUUAGCAUGUGCAAAAGUUCUUGUCAUUCCCAUCCCUGCCCUUCCCCACCUCCUCAUUUCAGGGCUGCAUACAGUGAGUGUCCUGUUCUCUCUCUCUGUUUGGAUGUAUUGCUCUGUGUAACUCAGUGGAUUUCCCUCUUUCUGGUUUGUUUUUUUUUCUAGAUUCCUGCCGUUUGUUCAUCGUUGUGCCUAAAGCAUGUCGAUGUGGCGUCAAGUACAUCGUCCAAAUCCCUGUCUCUUCAGCUUCUCUGAUGCUUGAACUCUCACCUUUGACCUUGUGUUGACCUUUGAUGCUGAUGUGUAUUUUAUUAUGUUUGUUUCUUUCUUUGUUUUUUCUUUUUUCUUUCUUUUUUUCCCUUUUGUGCUGCCAAAUUGGUUUUGCUAGAACGACUGCUGAAGGGAAAAUAUUUAAACUUGCAUUUGAAUAUAAAAAAAAAUCUAUUUUUCUAGAACUUCAUAAGAUAACCACUUGAUUUUGUGAUUCCAAUUCUUUGUAACUGUCUCAGAGCAGCCCUACUAGCACAUGCCGUGUGGUGUUUGUAUUCUUGUGAACACACAGCCAGUCCGCUUCCAGGCUUUGUUCCUCUGUGUGCUUAGUUUUAAAGACAACUUUGAAAUAAACAAUGAAAUAAAAGAUGUCACUAAAAUCUUUGAGGCUCCUGAACACAUUUUGCUGACAUAGUUUUGGGGCUUGAGGAGACCGCAUGUUAUUAAUUUUUGUUUUUCUGAGUUCUCAACUGCAGAAAAUGUCUGAACUAUACCCUACCCCCAUUCCCUUUUCACUGAUGCUGAGGUCUGGGCCCCAGCUGGCCUCCUCCUUUUCUUUCUUGGUUCUUCUGGAAGCAGCCCUGCAGGGAAGCCCUAGGGUCCCUCUUCCCUUCCCCCGCCUCAGCCAGUUCACACCCAUGCUUCUUCCUACAGUCUCCACAGCAAAAUGUGAUGCUUUCAACUUUUUUGGGUUUUGUACUGUUUUUGCCUUUUUGUUUUUGAAUUUUUGCUUUCCUACUAAGAUUAUGCCCAGAAAAAAAACAAGUUGUGCAUGUUUCCUGCUGUUUCCUCACACCUUCUUCGUAUGUAUCACCUGCACCUCUCUGUUUUCUAUAGUUUGUGCAAAAACUGACUGAUUUAAAGGGGUUUCAAAGAAGAUGUUUUAAAUUGUUAUGGGGUUGAUUUUUUUUUCUCAAGAUUGUAUUGUUUUAUUUUGAAGUGGCAACUUUCUCCUCUAUUGCCCUUAGAGUGUUUGCCUGUGCACUUAGACUGUCACUCUUUGUGGCCUCCAGGUCUCAGUGGGGGGUCCAGGAGGCUGGCUGCUCUGCUCAGGGAGUACAGGGCAGGGCGGGCGGGCAGAGAAGCAGAAGCAGAACCAAAGGUGGCUGUGGUAGGCAGGAUGCUUAGCACCCUGAUCAAGGCUAGAUCACAGAGCAGGGGAGGGGGGAGGGAGGGCACUGCUUCUGAUUACCCAGAGGAGCUGUCUGUGCACUGAGUGGCAAUACACCUGCCUGCCUGCGCUUUUCCUAGGUGACAAGCACAAUACAUUCUACAGUCUUCACACUGUUUACAGCUCUGGGCACCAACCACCCCACACUGGCUCUUCACUUUGGCUCUGCUCUUACUUAGCUAGUAGAGUUGGGGUAAGGGCAAGAAAUUGAUUUUAAAUUGGGUGAAGAGCCAGAUAGCUACUGUCCCCGGGUGCCAGGCCAGCCAGUUCUUUGGUUUCCUAAGGGAAACUUACCCUCUUCUCUCUAGCACCAUCCAGCCUCAGGGUCUUGGGGAUGGGGAAGAAUGUGAAAUAAGGAGGCGAGGCUGGAGCAGAUGAGUAGACAGGGAUGGGUCUGUGGAGAGCAGAGGCAGCGAGCGGGGAAGACUCUUCACAGAUCCCACUGAGACGUAAGCACUGGUGGGAGGGAAAAUGGAAGCAAGAUUGUCCAGAAAAGGGUGGCAUGGUGCAGCAAGGGUCGGGGGGAGGGAGGAGAAGGGCUGUCUGGCUUCGUCCACUCCCUGGUGAUGAAGGGACUCCAGCAGUCUCUGCUCUGGGACCCCUACAGGUUGCCCAAUAUUCUGCUUGAGGCCACCUUACUAGGAAGGAUGGCAGCCAGGUGGGGGCUCCUGUGAUAGGCUGCUUACUGUCCUGGAAGGGGGUAGGGUGGAAAGAGGCCAGAGCCUAGCGAGAGCCUGCUGUGACCCACAGUCUGACUGCACAGAGCGCCUCUGUCGGCAGGAGGUGCUGAGGCCCUUCCUGUGUGCUGAGAAGCUGUGUUUGCCAAUGUAGUUUGCUUUCAAUUCCAAGUGGAGCUCUGGGAAAACCUGUGGAUAAAACCAAAUGCCAAAUGUUGGACAUUGUUUCCUUUUCCUUUUCUCUGAUUGUUUUAAUUGUUCUGUGGUGGUUUUAAUGGAUUUGAGACCCUGGAGCGGCAGCUGCCUUUCUGAUUUCCAGCUGCUUUUUGUGAAUAAUUUAAAAAGAAAAAAAAAAGAAACUUUACAUUUUGGAGACAAACCUGUGUGAGUUUUUUAUUGGUACAAACGUUGUAUUUAACACUAGGGGUUUUGUACAGUUUUUUGCCUUUUCUACUAGAAAACAAUGUAAAGUGAUUUCACAAUGUGAAGAGAAAAACUUGCCACUAUGACCAAACGCACAGUCUGUUCUGCAGCAACAACGGGAUUCAAUCAACUCAGAGUCGGGAUUCAGCCGUAGAAAUGCUUUUUCUUGACCUUGUUUGAGCUUUCCUUUUUUCCUGUUUGAUUUAUAAAAGAUGUCUUUUGUGUGUGAACUUGUGUUGUACUCUGUAGAAAAUUAUGGAUUUUGCUUUAAUGGUUUUUUUUUUUUUUUUAAAAAAAAGGGCAAGAAGAGCCCUUGUCGCUUUUCUUACCUAAUCACAGUUUGUGUAGUGGAUUAAAAAGAAAAAAGUUGUUAAAAGUUUGGAGCAAGGGAGUAUGUGUUUAAAAGGACUCUCCUUCCUUUUUGUGUGUUUUUCCUUUUGUCCCAAUGGGGAACCUAAAUCUGUUUUAAUUGCACAGACACACGGACAAAAAGUCAUUUUGUAUCUGCCAAGUGUGGUACCUUCCUUUGUUUAUUUGCUAUUAAACUGUUUGAGAAGAA